UCGUAAAGAAAUGGCGCAUAAUGAAAGAUUGUUGACACAAUAUUUUGUCAUUUUAGUGAUCGCUGUUUCAUAUGUUUUUGCUGCUGCAGCAGUUCAAGAAGUAGAAAAAUUAAAAGAUUCACCUGCUCCAUGUCCGCCUUUGGUGUCAUGGAACGCAUGUCCUGACCGAGCUGCCAAUUGCACGGCUGAUCAAACCUGCUCCGGGAAGAAGAUCUGCUGCGCCAGUUCCUGUGGGGAUGUCUGUGUCGACCCACUUCUAACAUCAUGUGAACAUUACCGAAAAUCGGCAGCCCGCCGAGCGAAAAGCUUAGGAACCACGUCGGUUCGGGUUCCUCGUUGUAAAGCUGACGGCGAAUGGGAACGCGUACAAUGCGGCCCUGGCGGUCAAGGCCCUUGCUGGUGCGUCGAUGAAGGAGGAGCUGAACUACCAGCGACCAGAGCACCAUCUAGGGAUCUGGUGAACUGUACCGUUGCGGAAGAACGGUGUCCAGCCCACUCGUGCAGGAUGCUUUGUCCGUUGGGAUUCGCUCUGGAUGAAGCUAGUGGAUGCCCGCGAUGCGAAUGCAGGGAUCCUUGCGCUGGUGUUCAAUGUCCAGGAAACCAGCAAUGCCGAUUGCAAGAUGUUGCUUGCAGGACGCAGCCUUGUCCACCCGUUCCAACUUGCAAACGUGCUCGUUCGUUGGAAGAGUUAUGUCCAGUUGGAUCACCAUUGUCUAUAGCAGAUACCAGAAGGCCUUUCUUGUGUGGAAAUGAUCCUGGUAAACCAGAUUGUCCACCAAUGUAUCGGUGUCUCGUACAAAGAGGAAAUGAAUAUGGAGUAUGUUGUCCAGCUUCACUCCACAUUCGUAAACCAGGUACAUGUCCAAAUGAUGAUUUGACACCGAUGAUGGCAGCAGCUGGACUUAUUCCUCACCAAGAAUGCACUUCCACUUGCCAACAUGACCUCCAAUGCCCUGGUGAAACUAAGUGUUGUCAAACCAGAGCUUGUGGCGGCCAAUGUAGACGCCCUGAAAAUGCCACAGCAUGCCACAGACAAAGAUUACUCUCAGAAGUUUUAGCAAUCGGAGAACGGGAAGGACGUGGGUAUAUUCCUCAAUGUGACCAAGAAACUGGUAUGUUCCUGCACAAACAAUGUUCUAGAAAUGGCUUAGUCUGCUGGUGUGUCCAUCCGCGUACUGGUGAUAAACUUAAAGGUACCAUGGGGUCAUCAAAGGAUGUCGAUUGUCCUGCGGAAGUGAUAGAACGAGCUUCUGGACGAAGUUUAGUCGAUGAUAGCAAAUGUGAUAAAAACAUAUGUGCUGCCGUUUGCGAAUAUGGAUUCAAAGACGAUGAAAAUGGUUGCCCAACUUGUGAAUGCGAGGAACCAUGCUCUGGAUAUAAUUGUCCUGCAGGACAUUCUUGUACUGUCGCCAGGGAUGCUUCUUGUGAAAUGGGUGGCGGUGAAAGAUUGUGUGAAUCGGUGCCUGUUUGUCGACCUGAUGUUCUCUACAGCAAUCCCUGUACGAACGGGGCACCUCUGACCUUGCAAAAUUCAACGCAGCCUGUCCAUUGUGACGAAGAAUCGAAAUGUCCUGCUGAUUUCAUGUGUACUUCAGUCCCACAAGAAAGUAAGCAGGUCUGCUGCCCCAUCGAGAAUGUUGAUAUGGAAGUUAUUGCUGAUAAAUCAGAGGACCAAAUUUCAGAAGCUACGGCUGAUGUUGACAGAGUUCAAACCAUGUGCGAAUAUUUGCGAGACUUUUCUGCGCGAAUGGAAGGUACUGUUUCAGGAUUGGAAUUAGCGUUGCCAGCUCCAACUUGUGAUCAGGAUGGCAGUUAUGCUCCUGUACAAUGCGAAGUUGCUAAUAACAAGACAUGCUGGUGUGUCGAUCGAUAUGGUACCGAGUUGCCAAAAACGCGAACAACGGGCAAUACAACUCGUGAAACAUGUGAAGCCCUAAGGGAGUCUGUCCCAUGUCUCGAAGUAAGUUGCAGAAUGGGUUGCGACUAUGGUUUUCUUCUGGACUCUGAAACAGGUUGUCCAACUUGUCAAUGCAGAGACCCAUGCGAUGGUGUCACAUGCAAGCCAGGAAACCAAUGCCAACCUGUCGAAGUCGCUUGUGUAGAUGGAUAUUGUCCUCCAGUUCCUGCAUGUUUACCAAGCAAACCUGGCCAAUGCCCAUUCCUUGUGCCACCUCCAACUGGAGCGGGCGAAGAUAUCUGCUCCGUUUCUUGUUCUGCUGAUGAUGAAUGUUCUGGUGACAAGAGAUGCUGUUCUACUGGAUGUGGCACCAGAUGCAUGCAACCAGAAGUCAAAACUUAUUGCCAACACUUGCAGGCCGUACAAAUGCACAGAGCUCAUGAAUCAGGAACGCCUGCCAGAAUGACGUACAUUGCCCAAUGCGAUGAAAAUACAGGUGCUUUUAGACCAGUCCAAUGUGGUGCAGGAAACAGCUGUUGGUGUGUUGACGAACGAACUGGACAAGAAUUACCGGAAUCCAGAACAAGAAAUGGAACAAAACCAAAUUGCAAUGAAAUACCAUCUCGUUGUCCUGCUGUUUAUUGCGCAACUGAAUGUGAACACGGAUAUAAAAUAUCGGCCAGUGGUUGUCAAUCUUGUGAAUGUAAUGAUCCUUGCCAAGGCGUUCGUUGUGGACAACCGAAUGAAUCUUGCAGACAUGUAGAACUGACUUGCUCCGACGGUCCUUGCCCACCAGUUGGAGUAUGUAUGCCUGCUCCAGACAACCCUUGCGAUGGCGGAGAACCUCUUCAACGAGGAGGCCGAGAAGUUCUUUGUGGACUUCCGAGGAUAGACGCUUGUCCAUCCACUCAUGAGUGCAGGAUUAGUCCUCUACAACAGAAGUCGGUGUGCUGUCCUAAACCAAGAGAAGUAUGUUUUGAGCCAGCUGUCCAUGAAGAAUGCGACUUGAUUAAAUCCACUAACAUCACUCGAUGGCGAUUUAAUUCCCUAACAAAUAAAUGCGAAUCUUUCAUUUGGUCAGUAGAGUGUCCUCUCAAUCAUAAUCAUUUCGAAAGUGCUCAAGCAUGUAGAGACGUUUGUCCAGUAUUGACACAAUGCGAACGGUUGCUGGAGAAGAACGAACGAGCUGCUGCAAGAUAUGGGAAAGGAACGUUCCUUCCAAAAUGCGACCCAGAAACAGGAGCAUGGGAACCAGCCCAAUGUCUUGGCGGUUUAGCAGGUUCCAAUCCAGAUCAAUCUAACUCAGCUGGUUUAUUGUGCUGGUGUGUGGAUCGGAAAGGGGUUCUUUUGAAAGGAAGUUUAACACGUGGUGCCGAACCUCAAUGCAACUAUAGACGGGCCCGUGGCAGAUCGCAUUCAGGACCUUCUGGAUCGGUCGAUGACGCUGUGCUGGAAGAAUUGCUUCGCCAAUUAACUUCAUUUAAUUUUGUGGAAAACAUAGAAGAAUCUAGAAGUUUCAACUCACCACAAAAGUCAUUAAACCCACAAAAUAAUAUUUUAAUACCCCUCACAAACAGACAGUUGGAUAUUACAAUAGAAGAAGAAAUAAAUCAUCCUUUAUCUCAAGAGGUGAC